GUCAUGCAAUGCGGAAGUAGUGGUUUGGGGUAUGUUUGCUACCGUUUGGGCAGGUGCAGUGGAAGCUACAGGUGCUUCAGCUGCAGGUGCCAUGAUGCAGCUGCAGCUACAGCCAGCUGGAAUGCUCCUCUUACAAGGAUAAGGGUUCAAACACUUGAGAAGCGCUCGGAGUGACCCACCGACAACCCGCAUAUCCGGCAGAGGACAGCCACAAGCAGACCGCAAGCAAGUGUAAACAUACCGGCCUGUGUUCAUCUAAUACCAUAUUGUGGGCGGAUGCAGAAAGUUAGCCUGGUGAAAAAGACCGUUGUGGCUCCAGCACUAACUGUGGCCACCCGCCUAGCCGACAUAGGGAGAGUAAGAACCGCCUGCAACGACCAACUGCAAGAGGAAAGCCCUGUGCCAGCUAGGCAAACUAGCAGGGGCCGGCUGGAACACUAGUCUACCUGUUAUACGUCAAGAAUGGUCACCAAGCUAGCAAAAAUUAAUUUUCUGACAAAGUUGACUAGAAGCAAUUUUGUCGUUUUCCUUUAGUUAGAAUUGAGAACACGUAUACUAGUAUGUUUGACAACUUAACUGGACCCAUCGCGAUACACAUUUCUAAGCCUUAGGGUAACACCAUGGCAUUCCGUACAUUUUGGAGAUCAGAAAAGCUUCUCGUUGGGGUCAUCCUGGUGUGUUUCCUGGGCAGCUGCCUGUUCUCUGUGUACAGCCUGUCCCAGUCUGACCACACCCUCGACCAGGUAGUCGGGCCGUUCGCACUGCCAAAAGUGGACCUGAAGAAGCGAUUGGCACUACACAGAACCACUCUGCCAAAAGUAUUCCCCAACCACAACAAAAAUAUCAAGGAGAAAAAUGAGGAGAAACGUCCAAUUUUUGUGCCGCACGUCGGUCUUGUAGUGGACAGCCAACAGCAGAAACAAGACCAGAAUAUCGAACAACAUGACACCAUUGAAGCUGACUCCAAACAGGGUUUUGUGCCUCGAGUGGGGCUGGACUCUCUACAAGUCGACAGUAACGGUAAAGCCGACACUCCAGCGGCAUUCAGAGAGGAAGACUUCGCUCCGCCGAACUACAACCUUCACGUUUUCUACUACCCGUGGUACGGCAACCCUGAACAAAACGGGAAAUAUCUCCACUGGAACCACAACCUUAUUCCGCACUGGAACAAACAGGAGGCUAAGAAGUGGCCCACGGGGAGGCACGAGCCACCAGAUGACGUAGGGGCAAACUUCUACCCCAGUCUGGGAGCUUACAGCUCAUCUGACCCUGCUGUUAUUGAACAUCACAUGCAGCAGAUGAGAUAUGCAGGGAUAGGAGUAUUUGCAGUAUCAUGGUACCCUCCAGAGCAGGCUGACAAUGAGGGCCAGCCAAGUGACUCUCUCAUCCCAGCACUCAUGGAUGCUGCUCAGAAAUACAGCCUAAAGGUUGCCUUUCAUAUUGAACCUUACGAGGGAAGGACAGACUGGAGCCUGCAGCACUCUGUCAGGUACAUUGUCGACACAUACGGAGCCCAUCCCGCGUUCUACCGCCAUACCAGAAACGGAAAGUCCCUCCCACUGUUCUACAUAUACGACUCUUACAAUCUCCCCUCCAAAGACUGGAGAAAUCUGCUCUCCCCAACUGGCUCCCACACGAUCAGAAACACGGCCUAUGACGGCAUUUUCCUGGGCCUUCUUGUCGAACAAAAACACAGGAAUGAGAUUAUCCAGGGCGGGUUCGAUGGAUUUUACACCUACUUUGCUACAAACGGUUUCACAUAUGGUUCCUCCUUCACGAACUGGAAAACGCUCAAGCAGUUUGCAAACCAGAAUAAGAUAAUGUUCAUACCCAGCAUCGGACCUGGCUACGUGGACACGAGGGUGCGCCCGUGGAACGGACGGAACACGAGAAAGCGUCUCAACGGGAAAUAUUACAAUGAUGCAUUCCAGGCGGCGUUUGAUACUAGCCCGGAGAUCAUUUCGGUGACUUCUUUCAACGAGUGGCACGAAGGGACGCAGGUGGAAAUGGCAGUGCCAAAGAGGGUUGGGAAUUACACCUACAGUGACUACACACCAAACUCACCCGAGUUCUACCUCCAGCUCACUCGGAACUGGAGCGAAAAAUUUAAAAAUCUCCAGUAACAGAGAAGGCUAGACCUGAAUAUAUCUCAUACACAGCACAUUAGCAGAACAUGCAUACUGCACCUACGCAAAAUCCUGAGUUUGGUCAAUGUUGCAUUAGAAUUUUGCCUGUUGCAGACGAUAUCUUUUCUGACACAUAUGGAAACUACAGAUGGGAUGUUAACCU